AUGUCCGACUCUCUCUACGGAAUCCCCCGUCCCAAAACAACCUCCACCUCCAAAUCCUCCGCCCCCUCCGCCUCCAACCUCGCCUUCACGACCACCCUCUCCUCGCUCAUCUCCCAAGACACGAAAGACGGCUCCAGCAGCAGCGGACGCCCCCGGCCCUCGAAAACAAACAAAUCCGACAUCUUCGCGCGCCACAACAAAGGCGCCCAGAAGCGCGCGGCCGCUGAUCUCCGCGACGACGAGAAUGGCGUGUUCCAGACGCAUCAGCGAUCGGAGGAUAUUGGUGGCGCGGACGCCGCGGCGUUGCAUCGUUCGAAGCGGCGCAUGCAGGAGAAGGCACGGGUCUAUGAGGAGUUGAAGGGUGGGGCGUAUUUGAUGGCGGAUAGUGAUGAGGAGGAGGAUGGUUAUGGACAGACGGAUCAAUAUCUUGCUCGACUGCGCCGGAAAGAGCGCGAGGGGUUGGUGGAUUUCGAUCGGAAAUGGGCGGACGCGGAGCGCGAGAAAGGGCCCGGAUCGGGAGACGAAAGCGAUGCGGAGGAGGAUGACGAUGACGCCUCCGUCGUGUCCUACGAAGAUGAGCUGGGUCGGACACGUCGAGGAACCAGGGCCGAAGCGGCGCGGGCCGCGCGAGCAAAGGCGGAUGAAGAGUCCGGGCAGCGGUCGAAUAUGCAGGAGCGCUGGCGUCCGUCGCGUCCGGAGAACUUGAUCUACGGGGAGACGGUGCAGGCGGAGGCGUUCAAUCCGUCGGCCGCGGCUGCGUCGCAGAUGUCAUAUUUAGCUACACGAAGGGACCGGUCGCCCACGCCGCCGGGAGAAACGCAUUACGAUGCUGACGCUGAGGUCCGCAACCGGGGAACCGGGUUCUAUGCUUUCUCGAAAGAUGAGACGGUGCGCCGGCAGCAGAUGGAGGAGCUUGUGAGUGCGCGCGAUGAGACUCAGCGUGCGCGGGAGGCUCGGCAGAAGAGGAAAGCUGAGAGAGAGCAGGUCAAGGACCAACGAAGAAAGGCAAUCGGCGAAUUGCGGUCUAAGAGACGUGCGGAGAUGUUUUUGGCUGGUUUGGGCGACGUGGGGGAUUGGACUGGAUCCGCCCCGGUUGAGGCAGAUGCCUAA